CGCCAGCAUUAGACCGUGGUACUUCCACAACAGCAUCAGCAGGCGCUCUCUGCAGCGGUCCAGUCCCGUGCGGCUCUAAACAGCGCCCCGGGAUGCAGCCAUGCGCUACCAACAGAAGCAAGGUGGAUAUUCCCGCAUGUAAGAAUAGCUGAGCUGUCGUCUGACUGGCUGAACAUCUGCAUGCUCAUCUUAGUGUAUCGGUAUACAGAUGGUGGAGGCCUACAAAGAUAUCGUACCGCCGCUGGAUUCUCCGCAACUCCAGUUUGAGACGUUUCGUCAUUGCCGUCGUUCAUACUCGCCUGUCGGUGUUGUAAGCAAUAUUCAGUACCUUGCUACUUGACCUUCAGCUUGCUGGAUUCAAGCGUCUUUCGUCAUGGCGUCUUUCGUUCUUUACCUUUCCGCAACUGUGCUGUUCGUUCAGUCCACAGUCGCUUCAAACUGCACUAAGAAACCGAUAUAUGUCGAUAUCCACAAGCGAGCCGUACACGAUUCAUCAGUCUUCCAAUAUGGAUCCUUCAUCGGACUAGGAACGCCAGCACAAAACCAGAGUCUUUGGCCGUCACUACAACAAAACCAUGUCUCGUUUGCGUCAAACAACUACUGCAAAGAUACAAACACAACACUCAAGGAUUGCGAUACACAUACAGGGGGUUUCUUCAACGAUCGAGAUUCGGAUAGUUUCGAGGAAGACGACAGCUUCCAAACCUUAGACGAUGACCAGAAAGAAUUCACGGGAUUCUUCGGUCGAGAGACCCUACGACUAUAUACACAUUACUUCGAGACGGAUGGCGCGUCUCAGACGUUACUACAGAACACCACCAUCGAAGUCGCAGAAUCAGGGUCAAUCACGCCUGGAAGAGUUGGUGUGGGAUCGUCUUCAACAGUACUACGGGAUCUCGUUGCGCAGGACGUCAUUGCCGGUAAAACAUACUCACUCUAUAUCGGACAGGGUUUUGAACGAGCUGGAGGUGCAGUCAACGGCAGCAACGUCUUUGGUGGAUACGACUCUGGUCGUUUCACGGGAGAACCGCACAAAUACUCAAUGAACAUCAACAACCCGAACCCGAUGAGCGUUCGCAUCAAAGACAUUGUCAUCACCAACACGGAAGACAACGCAAACGUAUCGCUCUUCGACAACACAGUCUUCACUGACAUGAAGACGCGGGCAGAGGACUUCGAGGCCCAGAUCACGACUGAACAGUUUCCAUUUUCUCUACCCUACCAGAUUACCCAGAACUUCAUCAAGCAACUAGGUGCUGAGCAGGAUAAUAAGUGGGGUGACAACUCAUUGAGAUUGAAGAACGCUUUCAACGGCUCACUCUCGAUUAUACUCGAAGAUGGUUUUACUGUCACUCUCCCACCAGAAGUCCUCAUGAACGCUUCCAACAUCACACCUAUACAAGAUCGCGAGGAGUCGGCAGAAACGCCAUUCUAUCUCGGCACCGCUUUCCUAGGCCAGGUCUACCUGAUGGCGGACUACGAGGCCAACAACUUCUUCCUUGCUGAAGCUAUUCAAAAGAACAACAUGGUCAUGCCAGUAACCUUCUGCCCAAAAUCAACCCCUGUAGCCUACCAACGCCCCAAACAGUCCGCAUGGCAAAGCCAAGGCCUCAUUGGCGCUGUCAUUGGUGGUGUUGUAGGCGGCAUUGGCAUAAUUUGUGCAAGCUACUGUAUCUGGAUAACAUGGAUGCGUAAGAAGGAUGAGCGGAACUUGAAGAGAGAAUUGAAGCGAAACUCUCAAAGAAAGAUGGAGCAGAUGGACAUCGAAGAGGCACAGCCGAAGUUUGAUCCACCGCCACGGAGUGUGAACGCGGCGAAGGCCAUGUUCUGGAGAAAGAACAAACCUGGAUUGACUUUCUGAGGCGGUUUGCUUGAGUUUGUCUCUUCGAAUCUUAUUUAUCAUUCGCUAUACCCAGAGCUGGCGUUAUGCUGCUUAUUUAAAUCGUUUAUCAUCUUGCAACACCCAUACUAUCUAUAUCAUUCACAUCCAUGCGAAGUUUGUCGGAAUAAAUGAGGUUUGGUGAU